UGAGAAUUUGUAUAAAUUUCAGUAAAACGAAAAAAAAACCAGAUAACAUUGAUAUGGUUUAAAUUUUAUGAAGCACAUUUAAACACGGUAAAUGUAAUCAAAUAUAACUUUAAACAUUUAUUCAAGACAGGGAUAAACUUAGGUGCAAGGACGCGCCUAAGUCUUGGUACUGUGGAUUUGUGAUCAUCAAGAGAUUUCUUGAUGAUCUCUAAACACCGAACAUCUUAGCGAUUUCAGCAUUUUUAAACGUUCCCGGUCACAUGUAGAUUCUGUGCGGAAAGAGAAGAGUUUUGGAAUGUAUGGGGCCCGAUCAUACAUCAAUGUGUCCAAUAUCAAGCUUUUUAUAAUCUAUAAAGGUUGAUUUAGACGGAGACUAUUUUGAGACGCCUAAAUUACGGCGCCAGUGUCUACCGACAGCACAUCUUCAGACCGUUUCGACAAUGACUAUUUUCAGCCGCCUAAAUCUCGCCGCCAGUGACCAGCAUACCGACACUAAUCGUUUACACGCCUUUUGAGUACCAGUCAUUAACACGAGUCCGAAAAAUAGCAUGCGAACGAGAGACACGGGGGGAGGACACUGGCGCCAAAAAAUAGGCGCGUAUCCUAUUUUGUGCCAGCGCUGGCAUGCCGCGAAAAAAUGGCACCGAAAGUGUUUAUACGGUGCCUUUUUUAGGCGCCGUAAUUUAGGACCUAAAAUAUGUCAACUCAUUUCCAGGUUUUUCAUUUCCCGUGUCAUUAAAAAAUGAAUAGUAUAAUGCUGAAAAUAUGUUAAGAAACAGAGGCGUGAAUGUGACCGAGAGGAAGAUAAGACAAGACGUGCUGAGGGCUUACGAGUACGAUAUCUUCGACGUGCCGCGGUGGAGGUACAUGCAGGAGUCAGGGUGCCAGGCUAACGGCUAUAGACAGCCAAGGUACUGCACGAUACCAAAACCAGUGUAUUACCAGACCGUCAGGAGUUCUACCAACUACGGACGAGUUCGAGGGCACGGAGCGCGGAGGGUGUACCUCCCGGAAAACGAGUGGGGGGCGAGCAGUGCCGACGAGUCCAUGAUGUUUAUUCGAAACCCAAGAUAUAACAUAAGCAGCUACUAUCCUAACGAGGUCUUCGAAAGACCGUAUAGAAGAGAAAGAUACCCUGAUGGUUAUUACUCAAGAAGGCCAUCCUCCAUAUACAUGGAAGACGAGGAAAUGGAGAGGUUUCAGGCAACAAGGUAUAGAACAGCAGGCUACUGUCCUAAAAGACAUACACAAUUAUCGAGGAAAGUAACUAGAAAACUAUCACCAAUAUUCACAUGUGGUUGUGCUACCACAGCUAAUGUAAAACAACCGACUACUGACGUAGAUAAUGAUAGCCCGAAAACUCAUCAUUUAUCUAAAGAAGCAAAGAACUUGUCACUUGAUAUUUGUAAGAUUUUAUCUUUACUUCAAAAAGAUAGAGAAUUAGAAGAUUUUUCUUCGCGUUCAUUGUUACAAAAUAUUCAUGAUCUGGAAUGCCACAACACAAAUAGUGCUGCACCAAGAGAUAUCUGCACUCAGAGAGUGCAAAUAUCCUCGAAAUUGCCAAAUCAGAAACAAAAUCCUUCAGAGAAGUUUAAAGCCGCUACAGGGGUGAGAAGCAAACUUGAAGCGCUAUUAAGUGCACUUAAACAAUAUGAAGAAGAGAAGAUGUUAAACGAAUUGGUUGAUCCCGACAUUGCUAAUACUCCUAAUUAUAAUAAUGUUAUACCAUCAGAUCCACCUUCGCUGGAAGUCCGAUCCUUCAUCCACGAAAAGGAUGAAAAGUCAUCAACAAAUAUUAAGGGCCAGCAAAAAGAUAUGGUUUUGCAAACUGAAAAACCAAAAACAAGUAAUAAAAAUGUUUGCAGCAAGAUAAAAACGAAGAAGGACAAUAUGGUUAUAGAAAGAAAAUCAUUGAGAUCACGUUUAUCAUGGAAAAAGAGAGAAGCUACAGGAAUAAACAUGCAUAAUUAUAGUAGUAACGACAGGUUGAGUGAUAAAAUGUCUAUAGAGAAAGGAUAUAUGAAGACAAAAAGUAAAGACAGAAUUAGACCAGAACGGCUACCAGAAAUAAAUUCAGCGAAACAAGGGCAGGCAACUAACAAAGCUGGAUUGAUGAUCAAAAUUGGGGGGAACACGCAACGUAAAAAACCAAAACCCCCAAAGGAAAAACAUAAAGACAAGAUGCCCAAAACCUGGAUUAAGAAAUUCUUAGAAAGCACGAAAGAUUGUAAAAACAACGGCAUAUAUAUCCGGUGGAACAAUAAAGCUUUUUCCACUAAAAGCAGUAGUACAGUAUUCGAACUUAUCAACAAUGUUUACAAACAAUUGGGAAUUAAAGAUUACGCAAAAAGCGAUGAGGUAUCAGUGUCAGACAUCAAAAAAAUGCCGAAAAAAAACGUACACAAGUCCAAGACCAGAAUUCCAAGGUCAACCAAUAAGCCAAAAUAUAGGCAAAAACUUAAAGCUUACAUGAUGCCUCAAACGAUCGUACCUGGACCAGUUUAUAUGCCUGGAAAUGUAAUAAUAACCGACGAGAAACAUGAAACCGAAAAAGUGAAAUCGAAAACAUUAUUGCUCCAUAAACCAAAACCUUCUUUACUCGAGUUACCUUUUAUAAAUCGUUUAAGUACUGUCAGUUAUCCAAGUUCUAACUAUUUUAAAAUACAUUUACCCAAAGAUUUCUUUGACCCUGUUUCAACUACAAAAAAUGAGCAAAGAAUCUCAUCAAGUCAAGAUGAUUUGAUUUGGGAACAAAAAUAUGAUUUGAAUGGAACCACUAAAUAUCUGGCGAAUAAACAUGUUUAUAUGGUCCAAGGGACUCAAAGUUUGCGUUUUCCCGAGAGCUCUGAGGACUGGGAACAAAAUGUAACACGAAGGGAGUCGGAAUCUAAGCCAACCAAAUCACAACUUCAAUUUCAUACGGACAACGAUACUGCAUCUACAUCGUUCUUCAGGAGGAGUUGCUCUUUGGUGAAUAAAAUCAUGGAGCACGAAUAUCUCAACUGGAUGCCGUUAAGCGACGACUCCUUGCUAUACUCUGAAAACUGCAUAUAUUCAGGUGACAAAGACUUUACCAUUAAUGAUGAAGAUGCCAAUAUAAAUAAUCUGACGGUCACCCUUGAAAAUAUAGAUAAUGAAAUAGAAACAAAUGAUCAUGAUUAUACGGAAAACGAAGUUAAAAUUAAAAUAAGAUCUAAAGAUUUAUUUAGAAGAAGGAAUAAUCACAGUGUCGUAAAUAAUCUUGGUCAAUGGAGAGACAAGACAAAAGAGACGUUUUCGGAAAGCCUAAUCGGUAUUUAUUCUAGAAGACCUGUUAUACUGUCAGUUUAUUGGAAGUUAUUUUGGGAGUUAUUAAAAACUCCGAAGCGUAAAUCGAGAACACCACCUCAAGACCUAUCUCUUGUACAACCACCCAAAAUCACAUCAGAACCUAAGUGUUCUUAUAAACCUCUAAACAUUUCUCGACCUCAGCAACCACUUCCUCAAAAGUUAAAGAUACCAUUUGAGCCUUUAAGACUUGUUCAAUCUGCUCACAUAUUUCCUCAAACAGAAAUGAAAGUAGAGUCGGAGAAACACUCUAGCGCGCAUCAUGAACCAUUACAUCCCGUACAAUUUGCACUGUCGUCUCCCACCUUGCCUACUGCUGAAAAAGUGGGAUUACCUAAGAAACCAUUGAUUGUUGAAAAAAUACUAAGCCCAACACAAUCUGCUAGGUCAGUCCAAGCGCUUCAAGCCGAAAAAGGCGAAACAGCAGUAAAACUUAUAUCUUGUGAACCUCCAGGGCUCGUAAAAUUUCCAAAUAAAACAACUGAAGAAUCAGAAAUGUCAGUAUCCAUAAAAAUUUGUGGGUCGCAAUGCAAAAAUGUAGAACCAGAUUUUACCUCCAAAUGUAGAAAUCCAAUAGAGCGAAUACGAUUUGUUCGCUCUGGUCUAAAUAUUGCAGCCGGGAACAAGAUGAAAUUUGUAUUCAACCCUUCAGUUCCUUUGCUUCAACAACAUGUACGUCAGUUUCAUCUUUUAUUAUCUAUUCAAUCACUCAACUCCGCAAAUAGUGAACAAGAAUUGGAAAAAAAAUGUAUAUGCAACCAGCUGCUUGUACCACAACAUCGGAACAAUAACCUAGAAGACGUCGAACAAAAAACAGAUAACGAAAAUAAAAGACAGGAAGAAGAUGGUGAAAGCAGUCAGAUACAUAAUGGAACCGAAAACAGUGUUGAUCUCAUAAAAGCAUGCGGUAAACGAGAAGGGACGGCAACACAAAUAAAAGAAAGCUAUGAUGACAAGGAGUAUCAGAAAACAAAAACUCGUAACGUUAAAAAAAAGAAAAUGCGAAGUGCGAAGUUUGUUACUCAUAUACCCACAUUAAAAAACAAUGUGUACUCCUCGGACAAACCUUGCAUACAUUUAAAUAAAACUGAAUCUGUUAAAUUGAGUCUGAAAAUAAAGAACGGUGAUAAGAUCACUAAAAUUUCCAUUCUAAAUUUUGUCUCGAACAAAGUCAAAAACAUAAAAUCGAUCAAUCAAACAAAUUGUCAAGAACACGUAGUUGAUAACAGAACUUGCUCAAUAGAGCAGUCUGCUAAUAAUAUUGCAAACAAGAAUGUCAAAGUUUUUAUUAACAUUACCAAUAUUAACUCCGAAGCAAUAAACAGCAAAAAUUCAGUCCCCGAUGAUAUUUCUAAAGAUUAUGUGUCUAAAGAAGCAGCCGUAGAAGAUCAGAAAGCCACUAAGAUAUAUUCUAACUCACAACAUAACUCAAAUGAUGAUAUACAAAGUGACCAACAUAACUCAGUUCAUAAAUCCAUGAGGUCACACUCGCUCUCAAAAUCCCAUUCACAAAUCAAUAAUAUGUGUCUUGAUAAGAAAUUACCCAUUUACAUUAUGGAAGCGACAAGACCGAAUACUGUAUAUGGUUUAGAAGAUUCAAUAGCAAAUGUAGAAACACCACGUACAGAAAAUUACUCGAAUAAUAUCGCAGCAGAAACUAAUUUAAAGAAACUAAGUAGUAACACAAUAGAUAAAAUUUACCCUAAGAAACCUGUAGUGGAAAUUAAAAGAUUGCUCAAUGCCAUGGUGAUGGUAAAUGCUAGUGACUUUGCCGGAAUGAGUGUUAUGAAUGAGAUUUCCAAAGAACAAAACGAAACAUACACGACGCUAAGCGAGCAAAUGUUAAGACGUAAUGAAUUCGUAAAUGUUUUAAGUGAUAUAAAUAUGACAAAGAAAAAAACUGAUAAUAAAUAUCAAGCCAAAUUCUUUAACGGUGAAGAAUCUUUUGAUGAAUUAGAAUCAGGCGAUUCUCGUAGCAGAUGCAACGUUUUAACCAGGAAAUUGACUAGCCAUCGUCGUGUUGAAGUAGAAGGAAACAGACCAACCAAUUUUAACAUUAAAGAAAAAACGCACAUUGCUGCUAACUAUAAUAUCAUGAAUAUUCCACAUUUAGUGCACCCAGUAAUGCAACCUUACAGAAAACUCGAAGAUUUUGUAUUUAUAGGCCAAGAUGAUGUAAUUUCUUCCCAAACUAUGAAAUCUAAGAAGAUUACUUCAUUAAGAAAGGAAAAUAAAUUCCAGAAAGGUGAACCAAUUUGUUGGUACUGUGGGAAAAGGGCGCCAAGGAAAAUUAACAUCAAGGAACGUGUAUCAGAGACAUGUAAAGAUAAUACAAUAAUUCUAACCAACGUGGACCCCUGUAAGUCUCAAAAGUCAUCUUUUACAGAAUAUAAAGUAAUUUCGAAAAACCAUGACUCGGGUAACAUUAACGAUGGCGACAGUAAAAUAAAUAAAGCUGAUAUUUUACAAUCUCAAAUAAUUAAGAAAGCAGUAUUACAAAUAUAUUCAGAAACAGUCGCAAAUGAGGGUUAUAUUGUUGCUAAAAUACCAAAAUAUUUGCGAUUGCCAACCAGCUAAUUUUUUUUUAAUUCUGUCAGUGUUGGCGUUUGGCUUUGUGGUGUUAUUUCCAAUGUUACAGUUUGAUAUUCACUUGAAAAUACAUUUGUACUGUUAUAAAUUAUA